CUCUUCCGAAUCCCUUUGUCUCGUCUCAGUGUCAAGUCUUCGCUCCCUUUCUGCAUCUUCAAGCUCCAGAUAUGGCGUCUGGAUCCUCAGGUCGCGGUAACUCGGGUUCCAAGGGUUUUGAUUUCGGUUCCGAUGAUAUCCUCUGCUCCUACGAAGACUUCGGUAACAGGGAUUCCAAUUCUUCCAAUGGCAAUCAUUCCGAUCCAGUUAUCAACGCCAAUUCAACUAAGGAUUUUCACAAAUCAAGGAUGACGAGAGCAUCAAUGUUUCCUACUACUGCCUACAAUCCACCUGAAGAUUCUCUAAGCCAAGAUGUGAUUGCAACUGUGGAGAAGAGCAUGAAAAAAUAUGCUGACAACCUCAUGCGAUUUCUUGAGGGAAUUAGUUCAAGGUUAUCCCAAUUGGAAUUAUAUUGCUACAAUCUUGACAAAUCUAUUGGAGAAAUGAGAUCUGAUUUAAAUCGUGACCAUGGGGAGCAAGAUUUAAAGCUCAAGGCCCUUGAAAAACAUCUUCAAGAGGUUCAUAGAUCUGUACAAAUUUUAAGAGACAAGCAAGAGCUAGCUGACACUCAGAAAGAAUUAGCCAAGCUUCAACUUGCUCAGAAGGAAUCAUCUUCCUCAAGCCACUCAGAGGAGAGAUCAUCGCCUUCUACAACAGAUCCUAAAAAGAUUGAUAGUGCAUCUGAUGCACACAAUCAGCAGUUAGCUCUUGCACUUCCUCAUCAAAUUCCCCCACAGCAGCAGCCGCCGCAACCGGCUGCACCCCAUGCUCAAGCUCCAGUAGCAAAUGCGUCCCAAGCCACCCAACAGCCUACUUAUUACAUGCAGCAACCCCCCACUCCAUUGCCAAACCCUCCAGCUGCUCCCCAGCUCUCUCAGAAUCAGUAUUUACCAUUGACAAAUCAACAAUACCAAACACCCCAACUUCAACAAGACAUGUCGCGGGUGACUCCACAACCAACACCAUCUCAGGUAGCCCCAUCCCCAGCUGUGCAACAGUUCCCUCAGUAUCAGCAGCCACAGCAACAACAGCAGCAGCCGCAGCAGCCGCAGCCACCCCAGCAGCAGUGGGCUCAGCAGGUGCCAUCUUCACAGCCUCCCUCAAUGCCACCCCAGAUAAGAACCCCCACAUCCUACCCUUCCUAUCUACCAAGCCAACCAGCAAACCCAACUCCCCCCACUGAAACACUACCUAACAGCAUGCCCAUGCAGAUGCCAGCAUAUUCUGGAGUUCCACAACCUGGUUCUAGCCGCGGCGAUGCCAUGCCUUAUGGAUACGGAGGAACUGCUGGCCGAACUGUUCCGCAGCAGCAACCUCCACCACAGCAGAUGAAGGGCUCUUUCCCAGCACAACCAGGCGACAUGUACGGUACUGCCAGCCCCCAUCCAGCACUUCCUCCUCCAGCCAGCGCAUACACGAUGUAUGAAGGCGAGGGAGGGAGGACACACCAUCCACCCCAACCUCCUCCCCACUAUGCUCAAGCUGGAUACCCUCCAUCAAGUGCUUCACUCCAGAACCCCGGCGGCCACAAUCUCAUGGGGAGGAAUCCUAACCAGACACAGUUUAUGCGCAACCACCCUUACAACGAGCUGAUUGAGAAAAUGGUGAGCAUGGGAUUCAGGGGUGAUCAUGUGGCAAGUGUGAUCCAGAGGAUGGAGGAUAGUGGACAGCCAAUUGACUUCAACUCUGUGCUUGACAGGUUGAAUGUUCAUGGCUCUGUGGGCCCCCAGAGAGGAGGAUGGUCAGGGUGAAAAUAACCUGUGUCUUGGGAAUUUCAGCUUCUUGGAGCAGUGAUUUUCCUAGGGAUGUUAUCUGUUCAUACCUUCAAAUCAUUGCGUGUUUUAUUAUGCAUGGAAUAAAAGGUUUUUAUCCGAUCCUUUUUCUCUUGUAACGUGCACGGUUUAUCGUCAUCUUAUGUUAUGUAAAUGUUUGAUAUGUGAGGAUUAUCUAGUAUUUAUGCAGAAAAUCCUUCACUUGAUAUAUUUCUUUUUUAUUUCGAAGUAAUAUAUAAAAUUUCUUAUUAUUGAUCA